AUGGCGGUGUGUGCCUGGCUGUGUCGUGUGGGUGUGGUUCGUGGGUGUCGCUGGUUGGGGGUGACGUGGGAGCAGCGACGCGGUGAUGCUGGGGAUAGCGAGCCGGGUACCGACUCCGAUGAGGCGGGAGGUGGUGCCGCCGCCGCCGCGGAGGAUGAGGAGGCGGCCGAGCGCGUCGAGGGCGGGUGGUCUGUGCUGCACUCUGUCGAGGUCGGCCCGGCCGGGCGGGUCUCGCUGUCCCUCCUGGAGCUGCCCCCCGAGCUCCUGGUGCAGAUCUUCAGCUCCCUGCCCAGCUUGGCCCACGUCUGCACCGCCUUCCGCCGCAUCCUCCGCACCGAUACGAUCUGGCGGCGGCGCUGCCGCGAAGAAUAUGGCAUCUGUGAAAACCUGCAGAAAUUGGAGAUCACAGGAGUGUCCUGUCGAGAUGUUUAUGCCAAGCGUAUAAACCCACGAGUGAAGUCGGGGCAUUUUAUGAAAAUUCUUCUCGACUAUGAGCACAUGGAGUACAGAGAUGUUUACACUUGCCGAAGAGGAGUCCACAGCAUCUUGAUUAGUGAGGGAGAUGACUUGUCCAUUAAGGUGUUCCUGCUGUUGGUGUGUAAACUAAGCACAGAAGCUGCUAUCCAGUGGGUAGAUGGUUUGUUCAUCAUCAGGUGGAUGUAUUUGCUACCUCAUGACCCUCGUGUUGAUGAUCUGAUGAGGUUCAAACCUCUCUUCGGGAUUCAUCUCAUGGAGAGGAAAUGUGCAUCAGUUGAGUGUAUGUAUGGUCAUAAGGGAUCUCAUAAUGGCCAUAUCCAGAUUGUAAAGAAGGAUGAGUUCUCCACGAAAUGCAACCAGACAGAUCGCCAUCGGAUGUCAGGGGGAAGGCAAGAGGAAUUCUGGACGUGGCUAAGGGAAGAGUGGGGUUGGACUCUGGAAGACAUCUUCCAUGAACACAUGCAAGAGCUCAUCUUAAUGAAGUUCAUCUACACCAGCCAAUAUGACAACUGCCUGACAUACCGAUGCAUCUACCUCCCUCCUAGUAGCCCUGACGACUUUAUAAAGCCAGGUCUCUUCAAAGGAACGUAUGGGAGCCAUGGGCUGGAAAUUGUCAUGUUGAGCUUUCAUGGAAAGAAAGUGAAGGGGACUAAAAUCACUGGAGAUCCCAACAUCCCAGCUGGGCAGCAGACUGUGGAGAUUGACCUGGCGCAUCCUCUGCAGCUACCCGACAUUGAGAACCUUUGCAGUUUCAGUGAGCUCUCUCACAUUGUCCUGGAGGUCCGGGAGCAGGUGUGUCGGGAGGAGCAGGAACAGGAACACCAGCAGGAGGAAGAGGACUGAUCCCAGCAGGGUGCCUCCCAGCCUCCUGCAAAGCCCCUGGAAGGAGAAGGUGCUGAGGGGGAAGAGACUACAGCUGGAGCAGAGGGGAUGACCCAGGACAAGGCACCAGCUUCCCAGCCCUUUGUGCUGCCCAUGGGAGUCAUAUCAAGGAAUGAAGACUAUUCUCGGACCUGCCGAAUUUGUUAUUAUGGGAUGGGGCUUAUUGCUGGUCACGGCUUCACCAGCCCCAAGCGAACACCAGCUGUUUUUGUUCUCUUCGAUGAUGACUGCUUUGGAUUCAUCUGGCUGGAGCUCAAGUCCUUCAGUCUCUACAGCUGGAUCAAGGUCUCCUUCCAGAAUGCUGAAGCACCCUCCCAUAAGGCUUUUGAUGAAAUGCUGAAGAACAUUCAGUUGGUGGCUACUUGA